AUGGCACCCCUUGACGACACGACGGAAACCAAUCGAUUCGACAGUUUCGACGUAUUUCGGACUUCGUAUAAGAAGAUCGGCGAACAUGAAAUCGAAGUUGGUAUCAUCGUGCCGAAAGACCUCAAGCCCGGAAAGUCUCCAGUUAUGGUCAAGUUCCACGGCGGUGGACUGAUUACAGGAGACUGUCUCUUUCCCGGCUGGUUCAGCGCAUAUUUCGUCCCCUUCAUCCACCGCAACAACGCAAUCGUAGUAGCUCCCAACUACCGCUUUGUUCCUGAACAUAGUGGCGCAGACAUCCUCGAAGACCUAAGUGACUUCUGGACCUGGUUCAACAAAGGUUCAGUCAGCGACUUUCUUGCCUCUCACAGGAAAGGAGGCGGUAUCGAGCUAGACUACGAGAAAACCCUGGUUUCAGGCGAGUCGGCGGGUGGUUACAUGGCCUUGAUGGCAGGUCUCACUCAGCCUCGCGGCAGCAUCAAAGCUAUCCUGGCAGAAUUCCCCAUGACGAACUAUCUGCGUAUCGAGAAAAGUGACAUGUAUUUCGACGCACCUUCUCCUCCAGAAUCCGAGCUGGCUGAGCAUAUUUCCACCAUCAAGCCAGGUGUUGUUGUUUCUUCAGGAUGGCCACCGGCGAGAUUGUCAUUGAACUACCUUCUAGCGGCAUACGGACACUACCUCACUUAUUUCGGAAAAGAUGAGAAGAUGUGGCCGAUCGGGCUUAUUGAGGAUAAGAAAUGGUUGCCGCCGACGUGGAUUGUCCAUGGCGAUGUGGACUCAGCGGUUAGUGUAGAGGAUAGUAAGAAGUUUGUGGAGAAGUGCAAAGCGCUAGGAGAUAAUAUUGAGGUCCAGUUGGAGAUUAGGCCAGGACAAGAACAUGGCUUCACUAUCCCAAUCAAGGAGGACGAGGAGCCGUGGCUCAAGGAGGGGUUGGCAUGGGUAGAGGGGAAAUGGCUGCGCUCAUGA